AUGUACACAAAUAUCUCAGGCGAGAAGGCGGUAAGCGGCUUGCUGGAGAUAGUGGAGCGAGAAGAGGGCUUCCUGGAGGCUAAACGGAUACGGAAGGAAUCGUUAACACGACUGGGCGACCUGUCAGUAAGGACCACAUAUUUUACAUUCAACCGCAGUAUCUACGGGCAAAUAUUUGGACUACCGAUGGGAUCUCCACUCUCACCUCUUUUGGCAAAUGUGUACAUGUACCGGUUGGCAACCAAGAGCGCUCAUGCGAUAUUUGGAUGA